CCGGGACAGAAAGCAUGACCAGUAGAGUAUAAACAAUAACUUGUGUUCAGCAUUUGUGUUGUAUUCGAGACGAGCAUUUACCUAAAACAUUAGAUUUCAUCGCAGUGUUUUUAAUUCACACUCUACACAAUGUCGACGACUGAUAUAUUUGCAUCUUUCAAUGAUUACCUGACGCAAGACCAUGAAAUCCGGGAGGAAAUUCGUCUGUCUGUGAGAAAUUUAGAGCAAACUGCCCGUGAGAUGUUAGCAGUGUUGCAGGGUGUACACCAACCAUCUGGAAUUAAAGAAAUUCCAUCGCUAUGCAAGAAAUCACGGGAUAUGUUUAAGAUUGUGAGGACACAGUAUGAAGACUUGGCAACAAAGUUCCCAUCUGACCAAUAUUAUAGAUUUCAUGAUCAUUGGAGGUUUGUGACGCAGCGAUUAACAUUCUUAGCCGCAUUCACCGUGUAUUUAGAAACUGAAAAACUGAUAACCAGAGAAGAAAUGUCAGAGUUACUUGGUGUUAAGUUUGAUAAGGGAGAUGGUCUGCACCUUGAUCUUGAAGAUUAUUUAAUGGGUUUAUUGAACUUAGCAAGUGAACUGUCUCGUAUGGCAGUGAACAGCGUUACCGCCGGCGAAUACAGCAGGCCGUCAAGAAUUGCCACAUUUGUUGGUGAGCUAGAUUCUGGUUUUAGACUCCUGAACUUGAAGAAUGACUCCCUGCGGAAACGAUUCGAUGGGUUGAAAUACGACAUGAAAAAAGUGGAAGAAGUUGUAUAUGAUGUCAGUAUCCGAGGGCUUCUAGCGCAGGACAGUACGAAAACAAAAGAAGAGAAAUAAUUUACUAACUUUAUUGCCACAGGAACUCAGUUAAACAAAAUGCAAUAUGGGUAAUUAAAUUAAACAAUGCAUUCUGGGUAACAUUUAAAAGCGAUCUCAAGUUGUCAAAUGCUCAAAAAACAUAUUUUCUUCAAAUUGAUUUGAAGAUAUUCAUACAAAAUUUUAAUCCUAAAAUUAUAAAAUGAUGCACUCUAUUCGCUAUGUUCCAGAAGAAAACCAAAAAGGUUUCCUUCUUAACCAAUAUGUUCAUAUUUGACACAAACCACCAUUUCUGAGGUAUAUACCACUUGAUAUUUGCAAAAUACCACAUAUUGAACUAUAUCUGCACUGUCAACCGCCGCUAGGACCUUUUCAUGACACAAGAAAUGCAAUAAUUGCCAAUAUUGCCAAUUUGGCUAAUGCUACAUUGUUUUAAUUUAAUCAGUUACCAAUAAUUUUUCAAAAUGAAAAUAAUCACCAAACUUAAAUACGUCGGAAAAAUAUAAUAUGCUGUAUUUUAUAUUGUAUCAACUCUUGGUGAUGGAGCUACAUUACAGAACAUUCUAUGUUAUUAAGAUGUGCACCACCAUGGGCAAACGCCGGACGAGAAGCCGAUGAAAACAGCUAAAGUCGAGAAAACAGCACAAACUCAACCAUGAGAUAAUCCUGAACAAUCAAAUUUAUAAAUGCUGCACAUGUAGGGAUAAUUUUGUUUCACAGAUCAGGAGAAUCUCAACCACAGUCAGCUGGUGCACACCUGAUAUAAUAAAAUGAAUGCGAUAUUUACUAUAUGGGGGCCGCCAUCUUGAAUGUCGCAUAAAACUAAAUAAGAGACAAGUUGUGAAACGCGUUUUUCAGAAUCCUACAAAUCAGGACAAAAAUACGACAAUACGAUUCAAACACGACAAUCUCCCAAAAGAGAACGUUGUUCUUAAAGUUCAAUUUUAUAAUUGUAGUAGAGUACAACUCUUUUUCUCAGUUAUGUUCAAUACAUUUUUCAAAGUCAAAUAAAAAAAAUAU